UUCAUUCCUUAACACAAAGUUGGUCUUUUGUAUAAAUCUUUACAACUCAUGUUGGUACGUUUGCGUAAGAUGGUCCAAGCAUCUUUAGUAGCUCCACAGAUCUACCAUGUGAUGGCGUUCGUGUAAUCGAGUAUUAUAAUUCACUCCGGUGGGUCUGACUGUUCGCGCCAUUUAUUCAGACUGAACUUGAUUUGAGGUUAUGUAUUGAAGUUCGCGCCGUUUCUGUUUCCAAUGAAUUCUUGUCUGUCUUUAGUCUGUCGAUGCGAAGUGUCUAAGUGUCUAGUGUUAAUUUAAUUUUUAGUGUGAUGUGAAGUGAAUUAAGAUUCAAUUUAUUUUCUUCUGAAUAAGAAUUAUUGAUUCUUGUUUCAAUUGAAUCUUCGUGUUUAGUAUUUUCAUGGUAUAAGUCUGGAUCUAUCUCAUUCUCAAUUCCAAAAGAAAAGCUUUCGUUUCUCGAACAAGUGAAGUGUUGUGAUGUGAUGUUGUGUGUGUCAAAAUGUCCAAAAAGAUUUAUUCACGGACUGAUAAAAUUCUAAAUUUAGCAUUGAAAGGUGAACUAAACAAGACGAAACAUGAGCCAAGAAAAAUACUAAAUAGUAUUGAAAAUAUUAAUAGGCCAUGUGUUCAAAAUCAUAAAAAAACCUCUCCCAGCUUUUUGCAAUUGUAUGAUGAAGGUAAAUGGGAAGAGUUUUACUCGAGAUUGGAUAAAAAUUAUCAUCAAAUAUUUGAAGAAAGUGACCCUGUUUCCAAAACACAGGUUAUCUUGGAUCAACCCACGAAUGAAAAUGGAGCAUCUAUGUCUUGUGUGAUCAACACUGAUGGUCCUAUCAUAGCACACACCUCAGCCCUGUCCUACACACCUACAGAACAUGAAGGGAAAUCAGCCCCGUGUCAUACACCUGAGAAAAAUGAAGAAGAGUUUGCCCGAUCCUACAUAAUUGAACGAAAUGAAGGAGAAUUGGCCUUUGAGGUUAUCUUGGAUCAACCCACGAAUGAGAAUGAAGUAUCAAUGUCUUGUGCUAGCAUCAACACUGUUAAUCCUACUAUAGCACACACCAUGGCCGUGUCCUACACACCUGGAGAACAUGAAGUGAAAUCAGCCCAAUCUCUUACACCUGAGGAAAAUGGAGGAGAAUUGGCUCUUGAGGGUAUCUUGGAUCAACCCACAAAUGAGGAGGAAGCAUCAUCGUCUUGUGUGAUCAACACUGUUAGUCCUACUAUAGCACACACCUUGACAGUGUCCUACACACCUGGAGAACAUGAAGUGGAAUCAGUCCCAUCUCUUAAACCUGAGGGAAAUGAAGGAGAAUUGGCACUUGAGGGAACAGGAAAAGCAAGAAAGAGUUUGAAUUUUGCUGGAGACAAUUCACUCAAUAAAUUCAAGAAUGUAAAAACCAAGCGAACAUUAAGAAACUGGAACAGGAGAAAUUUCUGCAUAUUCUGCCGAACACUUGUGUCUAAUUUUAGGAGACAUCAGUUGCGAAACCAUCCUUUGGAAAAAGAAGUAAUCGACUUCUUAUCUGAAUGUGACCCUGACCUUAAAGAAAGGAAACGAAAACGUCAAGCAAUAUUUGAUGAAUUGAGAAAGCGAGGUAAUUAUCUCUACAACUCAAAUAUUGAUUCAAAAUCUGAAAUUCUUCCUAUAAGGAGACCUGAUACGACUAAAAAAGAAGUAGCCUACCACAAAUAUGUCCAUUGUGUUCAUUGCCUGGGAGCAUUUUCAAGAAAGACUUUCUAUCGGCAUGAGUCAAAGUGUCCUAAGAAGAUCUUAGCAGAUGCAGAAGUAAAUACUAACUCAUUGCCUCCGUUUGAUUCUUCAAAGGCUAGUAAUAAU